CUGGUACCAGGACGAAAUCUUAUGCAAAAGAUAUGUUGACAUCUCUUGACUAUUUGGAUAAUGGCUGUAUUCAACCUCGUCUGGAGAACUUAGUCUCUAGAAGUCGAUGGAAAAAACAAUAUAAGGAGCGAGUUGAAAGCUACUCUAACUUAAGUAUCCAUUCCAAGAGCCCCAAGAACUGCACCUGCCAGGCUUGCGGGCUUCAUCGCCACUGUAAAUUCUCCGUGCACCUCUCGGGAAAGUUGUACAACACCAAGACGAUGGAAACAGAUGACUUCAUGUCACAUGACAAGCAGGUAUUUCUUGUUGGCAGAAUUUGUGCUAACCGCACCGAAGUUUAUCAUCAACUGAAACAUUUUAAAUUCCAACUAUACCAAGAAUGCUGCUCCAUUGCAGAAACAGAAGAAGCUGAAGAUGAGGAAGUUAAAGAAACAGUAGAAAGAGUCUUCAGUCAGUAUGAAGAGAGUGGCUGGAUUAGAGAG